AUGCAGAUCAUCCCCCCAAGUGUGAGUAAAUUGUGGAGCCUACUGGAGAUCCGUGCUCUCGUUUUGUUUAGCCUUGGACUCCAAAGCAUCCUCAUCUUUACUGGCAACAUGAGGAAGAAUUCAGCUAGUAAGAAGCUCAGCACUCUUCUAUGGCUGACCUACUUGUCAGCAGAGUGGGCUGUGACAGUGUCGCUUAGUGUGCUUUCCAACAAUGCAGGAAAGUCUGUGAAUCCAGACCUUGUAAUUACAGCAUUCUGGGCUCCAUUUCUUCUCUUGCACCUUGGAGGCCCAGACACCAUUACUGCAUACUCCUUGGAAGACAACGAGUUGUGGCGCAGGCAUGCACUAACGCUAGUCACCCAAGUGACUACAACUGUCUAUGUCGUACUUAGGUGCUGGACCAGUACUCCAUUAAAUUUUCUUGCUAUUCCAAUCUUUGUUGCUGGGAUAAUCAAGUCUGGAGAGAGGAUAUGGGUUCUGAGGUAUGCGAGCAGCGAACACUUCAGAGAGUCCAUGACGCAUCCAAGUUAUCGCAUGUCAAAGAAGUCUCCCAGCUAUGUGUUAGGUUUGCAAUUCAACGUGCCUGUUAACGAUCCUUUUGAAAAUGCAGACAUUUUACAGAACGCCUACAAUUUCUUCAAAAUUUUCAAGCAGUUGUUGGCAGAUGUCAUCGUUAACUUCCAUGAUAUUGAGAACAGCCGAAUCAUCAUCAAGAAUGUAUCAUCAGAAGACACUUUCAAAAUGAUUGAAAUCGAGCUUGGAUUCAUCUAUGAUGUGUUCCACUCAAAAGCAGUCGUGCUUUAUUCAUUUGUGAUGGAUGGCUUCUCUGGUUGCUUCACUCUUUGCUGCAUCAGUCUCCGUUGCAUCAAUUUCUUAUCAAUUAGUUCUGUAUCCAUGGCCUUCUUGAUCACCGAAAAGCAUGAUUACUCAAGAGUGUCCGUGAUUAUCACUUAUGUAUUGCUAACAGGAGCAAUCAUCCUUGAGCUCUACGCACUUAUAUUACAACUAUGCUCUGACUGGACAAUGCUAUGGCUGAGUAGGCGUAAUCUCUUACAUAAGGGCAUUUUGUCAUUUCUACUUACUAAAAAGAAGAGGUGGUGUAAUACCAUGCAACAGUACAACAUAAUAAGCAUUAGCCUUCAAGAUAUUCCUGCCAAGAGAAGUUUUAUCAUGAAGGUCUCAUCCUUUCUUUGGAAAUGUAUCCAGAAGGUCUUAUGCAUUCAUGGAUUAUUGGAGAAGCAUCGGCACAGGUCAUCGAAAAAAGUUCUUCCAGUACACUUGAAACAAGUGAUCCUCGACCAGCUUCAACACAAAUUAGAAUCAGCUAUGUAUGAUGGGAAGAAAUUAUGUGCUUACAGGGGUGACUGGGUGUUUCAAAAUGCAAAAUCUCUUGAUAAUAUCGGUAGAGGAGAUAGAGACACAAUCAAAGGUGCAAUUGAGGUAGAAUUUGAUGAAAGCAUUCUGCUCUGGCAUAUUGCAACAAAUCUGUGUUUCUAUUCUAAUGAUCAGGAGCAAGACUUGGAUGAUUGUAAAGAUUACCGUGAUACUAGCAAUCUGUUAUCCAACUAUAUGCUGUAUCUUCUUGUAUUUUGCCCCCUCAUGCUGCCCAAUGGGAUUGGACAUAUCAGGUUUCAUGGCACACGAGCUGAGGCCAUUGAAUUUUUCUACAAUUUAAAUGAGGAUAUUGCUGGCAGAACUUUAGGUUGCAAAGAAGAAAUUGCUUGUAAAAAAUUACUCAAUGUCAAAAAUAUUCCUCCAACAAGGGAGCAACAAGAAAAAAAAAAGUUAUUGCUUCCCAAUGCACAUAAACUUGCUCAUUCCUUGCUAUGUAUUGAAAACAAGUGGGAGUUUAUUUGUCAUGUGUGGAUUGAAAUGCUGGGUUAUGCUGCUAGUCAUUGUCAAUGGAAUCAACAUGCUCAACAGCUCACCCAAGGUGGAGAGCUCCUAACUCAUGUGUGGCUUCUUAUGGCACAUCUUGGUAUUACUGAACAGUUUAAAUUUCAGGCAGGAAAGAGCUAA